UGAGGUCGCAUGACACUGUACUGUACACCGGAUUCGUAUAACAAAGAUCACCGCAUUAGAAACUGAAAACAAAAAUGAAGUUUGACGAGAUACUGGAGCACAUUGGAGAGUUUGGCAGGAGUCAGGCUUGGGUUUUGUGCCUGCUUUGUAUCCCACAAAUCAGUGUCGCCUUGCAGAUCGUUGUGGUGGUGUUUAUGCAGGAGACUCCUGACUACAGGUGCAGUCUUCCGGCAUUGGUGAAUGAUACUUACCUCGUACAAAACUCAUGGCACGAGGAUCUGGUGAACCUUACUAUCCCAAUCAAUGACAAAGAUGGCGGCUACGACAAAUGUAGCUACUACCGGCAAACCGACUACGGGAACAAAACGUUAGCUGAAUGCGACACUUGGGUGUAUGACACAUCGGUCUUCUCGAAGACGUUCCCAAUGGACUUUCAGUUGGUGUGCAAGAACUCAUUCAAGGUCCGUAGUAUCCAAGUCAUCUUUUUGAGUGCUGUUCUCGUAGGAUCUAUAAUUGGAGGAAUUUUAGCUGACUACUGUGGUCGUAAGCCUGUACUUCUCGUAUCCUGUCUUCUCCAUGCAGGAGCAGGAGUGGGUGCUGCUUUCUCUCCAAAUUACACUGCUUUUGCCGUCUUCAGGUUUUUGGUUGGAUUGGCCAGUCCCAACAUAUUCGCAUCGGCGCUGGUGCUCGCCUUGGAACUUGUGGGCCCAAGUAAACGUAUGGUGGCAGGUUUAGCUCCAGAAUUUGCCUUCUGUACAGGCUUGGUACUUCUGACACCUCUUGCUUACGGCAUACGGGACUGGCGAUAUCUUCAACUCGCUGUAUCUGUCCCUUCCUUCCUGUAUAUUUUUUUAUGGUGGCUCAUACCAGAAUCUCCUCGUUGGUUACUAACAAGAGGUCACACAGAGAGGGCAGAGAAAAUCUUACGCUGGGCCGCCAAGGUGAACAAGAAAACCCUUCCUGCCACGAUUUUUGACGAGAAAACACUUGAUAAAACGGAGUAUGUGAGCCCGCUGGAGAUGCGCAAGACUCCAAGGCUCCUUCUACGGACUUUGCUUGGAAUGUUUGUUUUGUAGGUUUAGCAUUAGUGUGUGAAAGGUAUUAUAACUUGAUUUUACCACUAUGAU